AUGCGGUCUACUACUAGAAAUUUGGAGACUCGGAUAGGGCAAUUGGCUACUCUUAUGGCCAACCGUGCUCAAGGUGACCUGCCUAGCACAACUGAGGUUAACCCAAAAGAGCAAUGUCAGGCUAUUACAUUGAGAAGUGGGAAGAGACUACACAAGAACAACUUAGAUAAGCAGUUUUCGAAAUUUCUAGAAGUAUUCAAGAAACUGCAUAUAAACAUUCCAUUUGCGGAGGCUCUAGAGCAGAUGCCCAGUUACAUGAAAUUCAUGAAAGACAUCCUGUCUAAGAAAAGAAAAAUGGGAGAAUAUGAAACGGUGGCAUUAACUGAAGAGUGUAGCGCUAUUCUGCAAAGGAAACUCCCUCAGAAGCUGAGAGAUCCUGGGAGUUUUACUGUACCUUGCACCAUAGGUAAUAUUAAGAGCAUGAAUGCUCCAUGUGAUUUGGGAACAAGCAUUAAUCUGAUGCCGCUUUCAGUUUUCAAAAGAUUAAAGCUGGGGGAAGCAAGGCCUACCACAGUAACAUUACAAUUAGCAUAUUGUUCAUUGGCACAUCCUCAAGGCCAAGCUUUGAUUGAUGUGCAGAAAGGUGAGUUAAAGCUAAGAGUACAAGGUGAGGAAGUUUUUUUCAAUGUACUCAGGGCUAUGACUUACUCUGGGGCCAGUGAUAGUUGUUUCUCUGUGGAUGUGGUGGAGAGUCUAGUGGAUGAGAAGAAGGUAGUAGAAAACCCUCUUGAGUUGAGUCUGAUAAAGGAGGAAGUUACUAAACAAGAUGGGAAGGAGGCCACAGAGUAUGCAAAGUGGUUGAACUCUUAUGGGCCUUUGAAGAGGAAGUACUUUGAAGAGCUCGAUUUCGUGCCUACAAGACCAUUGCCUUCAGUUGAGAAGCCGCCAGAGUUAGAAUUGAAGGUAUUGCCUGAUCACUUGCAAUAUGAAUUCCUUGGUAAGAACAAGACACUUCCUUGA